AUGUCUACCUUUGGGUACAGAAGAGAGCUCAGUAAAUAUGAAGACAUUGAUGAAGAUGAGCUCCUCGCUUCUCUCACUGAAGAGGAGCUGAAGGAGCUGGAGCGGGAGCUGGAGGACAUAGAGCCCGACCGUAACCUUCCAGUGGGACAGCGGCAGAAGAGCCUGACAGAGAAAACCCCAACAGGGACUUUCAGCAGGGAAGCACUGAUGGCCUACUGGGAGAGGGAGACCAAGAAACUCCUGGAAAAAGAGAGGUUGGGUGCAUGCGAGAAGGAUUCUGAGCAAGAAGAGGACAAUUCGGAAGAACUUCAAGAAGAAUGUUUCACAGAAAGCAAUAGUGAAGUGUCUGAGGAGGCGUAUACUGAAGAGGAUGAUGAAGAAGAAGAUGAAGAGGAAAAUGAAGAUGAGAGUGAUGAUGAGAAUGAGGAAGAGCAAAAUGCUGCAGCUGGCAGGCAUUCUGACCAUGUCAGACACAAAAAGUGUAAUGGUGCAAAGGACAAUGAAAGCUUCCUCAAUGGCCAUGAUGGAAAAGACAGUGACAAUCGGAGCUCAAAAAGCAGUGCCAUCCACCCUUGUGGAAAUCCAACAGUUAUUGAAGAUGCUUUGGAAAAAGUUAGGAGCAACGACCCUGACACCACAGAGGUCAAUCUGAACAACAUUGAAAACAUCACUUCACAGAUGCUUAUACAAUUUUCUCAAGCCCUGAGGGACAACACAAUGGUUAAGUCAUUCAGCUUGGCUAACACCCAUGCUGAUGACAACGUGGCAAUAGCUAUUGCUGGUAUGUUAAAGGUUAAUCAGCAUAUAACUAGUCUGAAUAUUGAGUCAAAUUUUAUCACAGGCAAAGGCGUGCUGGCCAUCAUGAGAGCUUUGCAGCACAACAAAGUUCUAACAGAACUGCGCUUCCACAAUCAAAGGCACAUCAUGGGCAGCCAGGUGGAAAUGGACAUAGUCAAACUGCUGAAAGAGAACACCACUCUGGUAAAGCUGGGCUACCACUUUGACCUUGCUGGCCCAAGAAUGAGCAUGACAAGUAUCCUGACAAGAAAUAUGGAUAAACAAAGGCAAAAGCGUAUGCAGGAGCAGCGGCAGCAGGAGUCAGGUUGUGACGGAGCUAUCAAUCCAAAGACCAAAGUUCUGCAGAAGGGGACACCUCGGUCCUCACCUUAUGUGUCCCCUAAAAGCUCACCGUGGUCUUCCCCAAAGCUCCCUAAGAAAGCACUGCCAGUGAAAUGUCAGCCUUCAGCACCUGCACCCCCCCCUCCCCUUCCCCCCUCUCCCCCGCCUCCCCCUCCUCCUCCCCCUCCUCCGCUUCUUCCAGAGAAGAAGGCACCUACCAGGAAUAUAGCUGAAGUCAUCAAACAGCAAGAAAGCUCAAAAAAAGCCUUGCAUAAUGGACAGAAAAAGAAAAAAGGCAAAAAAACCAGAAAACAUGAGAACAACAUAUUGAAAGAAAUUAAAGAUUCUUUAAAAUCAAUCUCAGACAGAAAAUCAGAGGAAGGCUCACGACCCUCCACCCGGCCAUCCACCCCACAAAGGUCUCUCCAUGACAACCUUAUGGAAGCAAUUCGGGCAAGCAGCAUAAAGCAAUUAAGGCGGGUGGAGGUACCAGAAGCCCUUCGGUGA